UUUAUAUUUUUUUUCAACAACUAGUUUACCAGUUAGGGUUUAUAUUAGUGAUACAGAAUUGGAGGGAAACCAGAAGCGAAUAGUUGGGGAAGAAGAUGCCAGUGGCGAGGCCUGAGUCUUCCGAUUCUCGUGUCAUUGCUCAUGUUGACAUGGAUUGCUUUUACGUUCAAGUGGAGCAACGUAAACAACCUGAGUUAAGAGGACAUCCUACUGCUGUCGUACAGUAUAAUGCUUGGAAAGGUGGGGGACUGAUUGCUGUUAGCUAUGAGGCUCGUAGUUUUGGAGUUAAGAGAUCAAUGAGGGGGGACGAAGCCAAGAGUGUCUGUCCAGAAAUUCAGCUUGUCCGUGUACCAGUUGCCCGUGGUAAAGCGGACCUAAGUAUAUACAGAAAUGCAGGUUCAGAGGUGGUGGCUAUUCUUUCAAGGAAAGGUAGAUGUGAGCGUGCUUCGAUAGAUGAAGUAUAUCUUGACCUAACCGACGCUGCUGAGAAAAUGUUGUCAGAAACUCCUCCUGAGAGCCUUGAAGUGAUUGAUGAUGAAGUUAUUAAAUCUCAUGUUUUGGGGAUUAGUGCUGAGCCCAGUGAUGUUAGGCAAGCUGUCAGAGAGUGGAUUUGCCGGAGCAAUGCUGAUCGCCGUGAUAAGUUAUUAGCCUGUGGGGCUUUUAUCGUUGCAGAACUAAGGAUGCAAGUAUUAAAAGAAACUCAGUUUUCAUGUUCUGCAGGAAUCGCUCAUAACAAAAUGCUAGCAAAACUUGCAAGUGGUAUGAAUAAACCUGCACAGCAAACUGUUGUCCCUUUUGUGUCCAUAAAGUCUUUGCUGGAACCGCUUCCCAUAAGGAAAAUGAAACAGCUUGGUGGGAAGCUUGGCUGUUCUUUGCAAGAUGAUCUUGGUGUCAAUACUGUCGGGGACUUGUUACAAUUUUCGGAGGGAAGACUACAAGAAAGAUAUGGAAUAAAUACCGGUACUUGGUUAUGGAACAUUGCACGAGGGAUUAAUGGCGAUGAGGUUGAGAGUCGUGUUCUUCCUAAGAGUCAUGGUACCGGGAAAACAUUUCCUGGACUUAAUUGUCUGAAAACAAUUGCUGCGAUCGAACGGUGGCUCAGUAAAUUUUCUGAAGAACUUGCUGAGCGGCUUGAAGUAGACUUGGAACAGAACAAAAGGAUCGCCCAGACACUAACACUACAUGCUAGUGCUCACAAGGCAACUGAGUCUCAGUCACAGAAAAAGUUUCCUUCGAAGUCAUGUCCAUUGAGAUAUGGGACUACCAAGAUUCUAGAAGAUGCCUUGAAUCUGUUUCAGGCCGGGUUACGUGAAUAUCUCAGUUCAAGUAGUAAGGCUUAUGGAAAUGGGUGCAGCGGAUGGGGAAUAACUAAUCUUUCUCUUUCGGCUAGUAAAAUAGUUGAUAUACCAUCUGGCACCUGUUCAAUUAUGAAAUACUUCCAUACUCAAGAUCAAUCAUGCUCUUCAACCAAAGAGUUUAAUGACAAGGAAAUUUUUGAAGCUGCAACGUUAUCAACCUCGGGUACUUGUGCUGGAAGUGAAAGCUAUUUAAUGAAACAUCUGCAAGAGCCACAAACAGAAUGUCACGAGGAUGGAACAAAGAUGAAUACUUUGAUGCAAACCCACUUGGAAGAUGAAAGUAGAAUGUUUGAAGACAAGGCACAAACUAACUUCUCUAGAGAAAUUUCAUCAUUAUCAACCCCAGUGAAGAAAAAUGAGCCACAACUAGACUCUGUUGGGGAAGAUGCCGUAAUUAAAGAUGCUGCGGGUGGGAACAGGUCACGAGACCAGAAAGGGAAGGCAUUGAAAGAAAAGCAGGGAACAUCUUCAAUUCUGCAAUUUUUUCAAACGAAGAACUGUUUUCAGGAGCCGAAGGAAGAGAGUGUGAAUGAUAUGCAAGAAACAACAGAGUCCUCAUGUUCAGGCAAGGCUGAUGGCACAGUGCCUUCAGAAAGCGGUGGAAUCAGAAGUUUGCAUCGUGGUGCUGACCAAAGUCGAGUUGAUUGCAUCUAUAAGAUUGAUGAGAUUGAUCCCAAUGUGGUUGAUGAGUUACCCCGGGAAAUUCAAGAAGAAGUUCGUGCUUGGCUCCGACCUCAAAAGCGAGCUAAUAAUACAAUGAGACGAGGUUCUAGUAUUACUCAUUAUUUUUCACCAAACAAGAACCUGUGAGGACAUUGUCAUGUAAUUACAGUGUACAUAGGUGUAUAGCAUUUAGUAUAGUAUGUUAUUGUUUAAGUGCAAGAACAUUCAUUAAACGUUUUCAGGUAGUCAUUUUCACUUUCAUUUUCAGGUACUUGUGAAUUCAUCUGUUUGUACACGUUUAGGGGGAAAAGGGGAAAAAAGGAACAAUUUUGCAGA